GAGGAAAAUUACACUAUGCAUUUCAUUGCCAUUCGAAGCUCAUCGGAUAGUGAACAGAGCCGUUGCAAGCCUAAAAAUGGCCGCAGCUGACACCAAGUGGAACACCACUGCUCUUCUUGUCAUUGACAUGCAGAACGAUUUUAUACUACCAGGUGGCCCGAUGCACGUGAAAGGUGGCCAAGAUAUUGUGCCUAAUGUUAUCAAGGCUGUUGAGAUUGCUAGAAGCCGUGGCAUUCCCAUUAUAUGGGUUGUUCGUGAGCACGAUCCUUUGGGAAGAGAUGUGGAAUUGUUCCGUCGGCACAUGUAUUCUGCUGGAAAACCAAAACCAACUUCCAAGGGUAGCGCUGGUGCAGAACUGGUUGAUGGGCUAAUAGUCAAAGACGAUGACUACAAGCUCGUUAAGACACGGUUUAGUGCAUUUUUUAACACACACCUUCAUUUGUAUCUUCAGGGUGCCGGAAUUAGUAAUUUAGUUAUCACUGGUGUCCAAACUCCAAAUUGCAUCCGGCAAACGGUCUUUGAUGCAGUAGCAUUGGAUUAUCAGACAGUUACCGUCAUUGUUGAUGCCACUGCAGCUGCGACAUCCGACAUACAUCUUGGUAUGCAAUUUUUCACUUAAGUUACACUGCCUUUGGUAUAUAAGCUGAAGUACAUUUUUUCUUUAUUUUGAGAAAAAUUAUGUUUUGUGUGACUGCUGAUGAACUAG